GCAUGUCAACAGUAACUGCAUCACUGUGUUUACGUUGAGCAUUCCUUUUUGAUUUCUUCUAGAGAGAAGGGUUAUUAUUAACAUUAUUAUUAAUUAGAUUUAUAUGUGUCGCUUUUCCAUUCUUUAAUUACUAUUGUUGUUAUUAUUUGUUCUUCUGAAUUGUACGAAGGGCUGAUGUAAACAUGUCUGCGGACAAGCUAAGUAGCCAGGAGGAGAAUCUGCAGGGCUCUUGGGUGGAACUGCACUUCAGUGGAAAUGCCAAUGGCAAUGGCAGCCCUGCAGAAAAUGGAGGGCAGGAGCAGGUGCAGGCUUCCAUUCACAAUGGUGAUCUGGAAAAAAUGCUUCUAGAUGCUCAGCAUGAAUCUGGCAGAAGCAGUUCCAGAGGAAGUUCUCACAGUGACAGUCCACCAAGAUCACAGACUCCACUCCACCUGCGCAGAUGUUCAGAGGUCCCCAGUGUAGAAAAGAACAGCUUUCAGUCCGAAGAGGAUUAUCUUGAAAGAAGGAAAGAAGUAGAAAAUCUUAUGAAGAAAAAUGCUGAUUGGAUUUGGGACUGGUCAAGCCGACCAGAAAAUAUUGCACCAAAGGAAUUCCUGUUCAAACAUCCAAAACGGCCAGUGACCUUGAGUAUGAGGAACACCAGUAUUAUGAAGAAAGGAGGAAUUUUUUCUGCAGAAUUUUUGAAGGUGUUCCUUCCUUCUUUGAUUAUUUCUCACAUACUUGCUGUUGGCCUGGGGAUCUUCAUUGGGAGACGUUUAAGAACCUCCACGAGUACCUUCUAAAUGUGACCUGUUGUCAGACUUCAUUUACCACUGAGAGCUUGGCAUGCCUUCGUGUAACGCUUUGUAGACAUGGGUACAAGUGCUUCUGUGAAUUACAGAAACGUGCUUGCUGACUGCUGCACUGCUUGUGUUCCUUCGUGAAUGCUAUUUACUAAUUACUAGCCUAACAUCUGGACUCAGUUGAUGUCCAUGUGAUACAUCUUUAAU